UAGACUGCUGGACCCGUAAGGUUAUCUUUAUGUUUCCUGGUGAGCCAGUUAUAGAAUGGGAGAGUGAUUCUCUAGCUCCUGGGGGAGGUUUAUUUCAUAUCUUAGAGCUCGAAGAUUAAUCUCUGAGGGGUGUCUUUAUCACUUGGUCCGGGUUAAAGAUUCUAACGCGGAACGUCCUUCCUUACAGUCAGUUUCGGUGGUUAAUGAGUUUCCUGAUGUCUUUCUGGAUGAUCUUCCUGGUGUUCCUCCGGAUAGGGAAAUAGAUUUUGGUAUUGAUUUGAUUCUGGACACUCAUCCAAUUUCCAUUCCCCCGUAUAAAAUGGCUUCGGCCGAGUUGCAGGAACUUAAGGAGCAACUUAAGGGUCUCUUGGAUAAGGGUUUUAUUCGUCCUAGUGUGCACCGAUGUUGUUCGUGCGCAAGAAGGAUGGUUCCCUUCGGAGGUGCAUUGACUAUAGGCAGUUGAAUAAGGCAACGUGUAGUGUGAUUCCCUCUCCAAUCCAAUCUACCUCUCUCCAAAGGAGGUUUGUGCAUCCACCCUUGAAAAAUCCCACCAAGUGUUGAAAGUUUGACACUCCGUCGAGCAUGCCGCGGCAUAGCCUCACCCGAGUUCGCCCUUUGUUUUUCAAGUGUCGUGUGCGUGUUCCAUCCCAAACGAUUAAGUAUGCUAUUAAGUGGCCCUCCGUGCAAAAUAACGAUGUUGCAAUUAGAGAUUUUCCGUAAUGUCGAGUGCGGCUCAAGAGCCCAACGACGUGCUGAGGCCAACGUCGGUGCAUGGCAGCAUGACACAAAGGUUUUCGUGACCGUCAAGUGCAAUCCUAGCGACAAGUUCAAUUACUCGGGUGCCGAUGUCCAGUGAAAUCAGUAGCGCACACGGCCGACGUCGGCAAGGGCAAAGGUGCUCUUAGUCAGUAUCCAUUAACCUAAUCCACAGUUUAAUAUUCAACUACCUUUCUCUUUUUCGUUUUUGGUGUGAUUUUAAAUUUAUUAGAUUACUAUAAAGAUUGAGCUUUUAUUGUUAAGAGUGCUAGAAACACAAUGCAGAUAGAAAAGUCCGAAGAAUAUAUAUCUGAUACUAACACAUGAACCCAAGAAACGUAAAAUUAGCAAAUUAGUAGUAUUUCUUGCUGGCUCUCCACCUCGUAACUGCAUCAAAUCUUCUGGCAACUAAAGAGAUAUAUUGCCAAAAAAGGACCUUGUUCAAUGAUUUGAUUAUAAGUCAAACAGAAAAACAUUAGGAACUCCUCUGUUACUCAGGACCCUUUUAUAAUAAAAUAUCAAUAGAAGUGGGCGUACGCCCAUAUACCAGUAACUGUUUAAAUCACCAUUAACGAAUUGAAACAACAUUUGGUCGUUCUCUCCCCCCCCCCCCCCCCCCCCCCUAAAAAAAAAGACCUUAAUCAACAUGGCACGUCAGAUGCACAUUGAAAGACAACAACUCAACGGGGAUUCUAGAAAGAAGAAUCUCGGAGAGGAAUGCCUGUAAAAUCCAUUAUUGACCAUUGUUAAUUCGAAAGUGAGUUCCAUAAAUAGUAACCUAAAUUUAGAAAAUUUCUUCAAAUAUAACUUAUAUUUUAUUUAGCAACAUAAUAAUAUCACUCAGAUAUAACUCUUUUUUUCAAAAAAUAUUGAACACCUCAAAAGCUUUCUUUUCUCUUAGUUGGCAUAACAUGCCAUUAAAACCGCUUUUUAAAAAUACGAAAACUAUUCAACUCAUCAAACUCAAUUAAAAUAUAAUUAUAUUCGUAGUUCCUAGUUUAGGAUGCAUGGGUGCCAAGUUCCUUGGUGCGCAAGGUGGCCAUUGUGCCCCAUGGUGCAUAUGGCGCGUCGAUGCACCGGUGCGCAUGGUGCAUUGGAUCCAUUGGUUUAUGGUGCCUUGGUGCACCGAUGCCUGUGGUUCCAUUGUGCACCGGUGUCGUGGAUCCUUGGUGCACUGGUGCCACGGUGGCGUGGGGCGUCGGUGCCUUGGGGGCGGUGGUGCCCAGAUACUCAACUCGUCAAAGACACCAUCAUGUAGGUGAUUAUAGGAAUUCUAAAAUUGGGAAAGAAGGAUCCAAUUAUACUUUUGUUCAACUUUCAACAACUCAACGCCCUCUUCUUCAUUAAUCUUCUCCAACUCCUCUUGUAACUCUUGCAGUUUUUCAACGCAUUGUACCAAAUGAUUUCCAUCAUCAAUAAUGUUGUUUUCAUCUUCCUCUACUAAUUUCUUUAUUCCUUUGCUUCUUCAUUUGCUUGUCCUUCCUCAUCUUUUUCAACAAUUCAUCACUCCAAAGAUUAGUUCUUUGCAAAGUGAAUGCAGUUUCAAUCAAAUUAAUUGUGUUUGAAAGUAUAGUGAUUCUCUAUUCAUUUGCUUAACUCAUUAAAAUGAAACUUAUUAUGCCACUUAAGAUGAUAAAACAUUUUAAGUAAAAGCACGACUAUUCCUCUUGAGAUUAUAUGAUCUACCUCCUAAAUGUUCUUACUCCUUCAGAUAGUAUAAUCAAUCGGAGUAGCUAACCCAACCCAUUGACCGAACAAAUAAUGAUUAAGUAGCAUGGUUGAACCAAGGUGUUUCCCUAAAUGUAUAAUGUAGUAAAGCUCUAAAACAACUUAAUCCUUCAAAUAAGAUCUAUCUAGCGUUGUAAAAAAAAAAAAUUAGCCAUGCCGCUAAGACUAUUAAUUUUCAAAUAGCUUAUGAAUUGGUCCCCACUCUAUGGAACGGAGAAUCGCAUAAUGUCUUAUGACGUUGCUCUUUGAUUAUUAAAAUAAUUAAAGGUUUACCUUCUUGUUCAAAUCGGCACGUGCAUCCGCAAUCAGUUCCAUCUUUAAAUCCCAAAUCUUUUUCAAUGCUUCAUGUUCAAAAGCAUACUCGUGAAAAAAUAUUGAAUUACUUAAUUAUCUCUAACAUAAGAUGCAAUUAUUUAAAUUAUUAAAUAGAAGAUAUUCGUACCUUGUUAAGAACCUUAAGAACAAGUGUCAUGAAUUUUUUCUGGAUUUUCAAGAGCAGUACAAAUUAAAGAAGAGUUGUCUUGUUAUAACUUUCCAUGAUCCACACCAUGGCUUUGACAACUGAAUGUAUGUCUCCAUCCAUGGUUUUUUUAUGUCCAAUUCCUAAUCAAAUAAUGAUGUCAAGACCCUUCUUUUUGGUUCCAUUCUUUUCCUUGCGAUAUCCCUCUUCAUACCAUUUCACCAAUAGAUUUCCUGCAAAUUACGGUAUAUCUUAGUGGCUCCGGGAUGAAUAGAAUAUCGCACACCAUUUGCUUCUGCAAGUAUUUGUUGUCUCAACCCAUCAACACACGGCACACACAGCCUGCCUUAACAUCGUAACACACCAUCUCCCCCUUGGGAGAAAACCUCUACUUUCUGAUCUCUAAUUGAUUCCCUUAACUUAACCAAACUGGAAUCCCUAUCUUGCUUCUUCAUGAAUAUGACUUUGUCCGGCAAAAGAAUGGAACCAAAAAGAAGUGUCUUGACAUCAUCAUUUGAUUGGGAAUUGGACAUAAAAACGAUGGCUGGAGACAUACAUUCAGUUGUCAAGCCAUGGUGUGGAUCAUGGAAAGUUAUAACAAGACAACUCUUCUUCAUGACACUUGUUCUCAGGGUUCUUAACAAGGAGUAUGCUUCUGAACAUGAAGCAUUGAAAAAGAUUUGGGAUUUGAAGAUGGAAUUGAUUACGAAUGCACGUGCCGAUUUGAACAAGAAGAGAACUAAUCUUUGGAGGGAUGAAUUAUUGAAAAAGAUGGGGAAGGACAAACAAAUGAAGAAGCAAAGGAAAAUACAGAAAUUAGUAGAGCUGUGCAUGAUAGUGGCUUGGAUCAGCUUGUACUGAUUGAAAUUCCCAGGAAUUGGAUUAGCAACUCUCCGUAUUAUUUCUUAGCCGAUUCAACUUACAUACACCAAUAACAAAUAAAUUUUACACUUAAUUUUAAGGCUUAUAUACACCAAUAAUUAAGUAUUACCGACCUACAAUACCACAGUUUGAUAUACAGGUACUGGACCAAACUUUUGAAGUUUGGUAUUUGGUAUCUACUUGCAAUUACCAAUUACAAAACUAUCGAAACUGAACUUUAGAAAUACCAAACACCCACCCUAACACUAGUUCCCUCCUUAUUAUCUCCAUCCACAAGCUGACAAAUUCCCCAAAAUCUCAAUGGCUUCGAAACUUUCUUCUCGUUUUACUUCUCGUCUAGCUUCCCGUUUCCUUCAUUCUGCUGCCACCAGUGCCACAGCCACUACCACCACCUCUCUCCCCAAAUCUCACCCUUUGAUUUCACUUCUCCACCACCAAUCACAGCCCUUAGUAUUUCCCCAUUUCAAUACCAACCAAACUGUUUUCACCCUCCGAUCCUUCUCCACACUCUCCCGGCCUGCCCGAUCCCAUCGUUCAGCCCGCCCCGAUAUCGCAGCCAGAGCCCGGCAACUCCAAACCCGCCGUCUGUGGACCUAUGCCAUCACAUUCAGCUGCAUAGCAGGAUUCAUAGUAAUAGUCCUUAAUCAAUUCCAAGACCAACUUGUAUUCUAUGUAACCCCUACAGAUGCCCUAUCACAGCAUGCUGAAAACCCUACGAAAUCCAAAUUUCGACUUGGUGGAUUAGUACUAGAAAAUAGUGUAACACCAAUACCCAAUUCCCCAGAAAUGGAAUUUGUGAUAACUGAUUUGAUUACUGAUAUUUUGGUUAAGUAUGACGGGUCGUUACCGGAUCUUUUUCGGGAAGGGCAUUCCGUUGUGGUUGAAGGGUUUAUAAAGCCAUUUACCGAGGAGAUGAAGAAGAAAGAGAAUGAAAUCUUGAGCGAGAAAAAGUUACAGGUAACUGUGAAGGCGAGAAGUGGGAAUUGUUAUUUUGCAGCUACUGAAGUGUUGGCUAAACACGACGAGAAGUAUAUGCCUCCUGAAGUUGCAGCUGCACUUGAGAAGAAUAAGCAGUUGCUCAGUCAGAUGGAAGGAAAGGAGGAAGAGGGUGAUGAUGCAGCAGCUCCUGCUACUGCGAGGGUGUAAGGCUCAGCCAUAUAUAGAGUAUGGUAUGAAUUUUUUUUCGAAAUGAUGGAAUUUUGGUAAAUUUCAAUUAUGGUUAUUGUUUUAGAUUAAAUUGAAUGAAGGGAUAUAUAGUUGGUUUACUGAGGUUAUACAAUGAAUUUUUUUUGUCAAAGAUUUUAUGUCCCAUACUAGCCCUGAGGAAUGGGGUUCCAAUUUUUGUCAAAGAUUUUAUGUCCCGUACUAGCCCUGUGGAAUGGGGUUCCAGUUUAGAAAUUUUGUAGUAUUAGUGAAUAAAUGAUACUAAUUAUUUAUCAUGACAUUGGAUGCUUGUAAUUCUUUGUACACACUCAUUAUAGAGGUCAUUGAUGAAAGAAAUUAAGAAUAAUCACUUCCGAGUU